GAGGAGCGGGGGAACCCGCCCCCCGAGUCCAUCCUGCUGGUGCCCCCCGCCUGGCCCAAGCAGCUGGUGCCCGCCAUCCCCAUCUGCAGCAUCCCGGUGACGGCCUCCCUCCCGCCGCUGGAGUGGCCGCUGUCCAGCCAGGCGGGCUCCUACGAGCUGCGGAUCGAGGUGCAGCCCAAGCCCCACCACCGCGCCCACUACGAGACUGAGGGCAGCCGAGGUGCCGUGAAGGCUCCCACCGGGGGCCACCCCGUGGUUCAGCUGCAUGGCUACAUGGACUCCAAGCCUCUGGGGCUGCAGAUCUUCAUCGGGACGGCAGACGAACGCAUCCUGAAGCCGCACGCCUUCUACCAGGUGCACCGGAUAACGGGGAAGACCGUCACCACCACCAGCUACGAGAAGAUCGUGGGCAACACCAAAGUCCUGGAGAUCCCCUUGGAGCCCAAGAACAACAUGAGGGCCACCAUCGACUGUGCGGGCAUCCUGAAGCUGCGGAAUGCGGACAUCGAGCUGCGGAAGGGGGAGACGGACAUCGGCAGGAAGAACACGCGCGUGCGUCUGGUGUUCCGCGUGCACAUCCCCGAGGCCAGCGGCCGCAUCGUCUCGCUGCAGACCGCGUCCAACCCCAUCGAGUGCUCCCAGCGGUCUGCCCACGAGCUGCCCAUGGUGGAGAGACAGGACAUGGAUGGCUGCCUGGUCUACGGUGGCCAGCAGAUGAUCCUCACGGGGCAGAACUUCACGGCCGAGUCCAAAGUGGUGUUCACGGAGAAGACCACAGAUGGGCAGCAAAUUUGGGAGAUGGAGGCUACUGUGGACAAAGACAAGAGCCAGCCUAACAUGCUUUUUGUGGAGAUCCCUGAGUACCGGAGCAAGCACAUCCGCAUCCCUGUAAAGGUCAACUUCCACGUCAUCAACGGGAAAAGAAAACGGAGUCAGCCCCAGCACUUCACCUACCACCCAGUCCCGGCCAUCAAGACCGAGCCCACGGACGAGUACGACCCCUCCCUGAUCUGCAGCCCGGCCCACGGAGGCCUGGGGAGCCAGCCCUAUUACCCACAGCACCCGAUGCUGGCCGAGUCCCCGUCCUGCCUGGUGGCCACCAUGGCUCCCUGCCAGCAGUUCCGCUCGGGGCUGUCGUCCCCCGAUGCCCGCUACCAGCAGCAGAGCCCCGCGGCCGUGCUCUACCAGAGGAGCAAGAGCCUGAGCCCCAGCCUGCUGGGCUGCCAGCAGCCGGCCCUGAUGGCGUCCCCCCUGGCCCUGGCCGACGCCCACCGCUCGGUGCUGGUGCACGCGGGCGCCCAGGGCCAGGGCUCGGCCCUGCCGCCCCCGGGCCCCGCCGGCCCGCAGGCCUCGCCCGUCAUCCACUAUUCGCCCACCAGCCAGCCGCUGCGCUGCGGGGCCCACCAGGAGUUCCAGCACAUCAUGUACUGCGAAAACUUCGCCCCGGGCCCCACCAGGCCCGGCCCGCCCCCCGGCGGCCAGGGCCAGCGGCUGAGCCCCGGCUCCUACCCCACGGUCAUCCAGCAGCAGAGUGCCCCCAGCCAAAGGGCCCCCAAAAACGGACCCCCGGCCAGUGACCAAAAGGAAGUAUUGCCCACCGGAGUGACGAUCAAACAGGAGCAGAACUUGGACCAAACCUACUUGGAUGACGUUAAUGAAAUUAUCAGGAAAGAGUUUUCAGGACCUCCCGCCAGAAAUCAGACGUAGAGCAGCCAUCACACAAGACGAGACGCCUUGGACUCCGGCCCCUCCCUGUCCUCCUCCUGCGUCCCUCCCUCUGCUGGAGGCCACACCUGGACCUGGGUGUGGUCGGCCCGCGUAGGGCCACGCCCCUCAACACCGCACGGACCCUCCUCCACUGAGCGCCCUGGGUGGUGCAUGACGAUGUGUCCGGCGGCAAGUGCCUGCUGCCCAAGGCCGUCCUGAGAGCCGCCGGAUGAGGACCGCACGGGAGACGGAGGAGACAGCGGCGGGCUCUGACAGGACACCGCGCCCCCCUCCCCGUGCGUUGGUCCAGGCCACAGAGAUGGCGCCUGUCCCCUUUGGAGGAUGAGGGCCUCGCCUGCAGGCAGCCUCGGGACCCUCCCCUCCCCCACGCCCGCCGUGCAGCCUGCUUCCACCACAGCUGGCCACAGUGAGCGCUCCUUUCCUGGUGUUUUGCCUUCUCCAGACAAAGAGCCACUGUCCCCACUUCUCGGCGUUAAGUUAGGUUAUCUCUUCUCAUUUUCCCUCCGCUUCAAAGAGCCGGCCAGGGAGGCUGGUGAUGGCGCCCCCUCGGCCGCCUCCCUGUACCCUGCGGCCUGCAGCUGCAGCUCACGCAGCAUGAGGCUUGGGGAGCUUCCUGCGAUUCCUUCUCCCCGCCGAGGCCCCUCCAGGUAGGAAGGAACACAGGGGCAUCGGAGGUUGAGACCAGUGGCCAAAGGGCUAGCGCAGCCAAAGUCCAAGCAAAAGGAGGCGUCGUUGCAAUCACCCAAGGGCUUCUGGGAGCGGGUGCCCACCAGGAUCUUCUCUGGAAGAGCUUUCACCCAAGUGCCUUAAGCUCUGCCUGAUUCCGUGGCUCCAGGCAGCCUCAGCCGCCCCCUCCCCCUGGCUUCCACAGCCCCCUCUGCUGGCGCAGCGUGGCACUG